AUCUAGUUCCCUGACCAGGGAUUGAACCCAGGACCCCUGCGUUGGGAGCGUGGACUCUCAGCUACUGGACCACCAGGGAAGUCCCAGUGGUAGCUGUUAUGAUGCUUUCAUUUGCACUUUUAAAAAAUUUGAGGUAUAACUUAUGUGCUUCAAAAUAUACCCAUCUAAAAUGUUUAAUUCAGUGAUUAUUAGUAUGUUCACAAAGUUUUGAGCCCUUCACUUUUGUCUGGAACAUUCCAUCACCCCAGAAAAACACCUGACCCCAUCAGCAGUCACCCCAGCCCCUGACAACCAGGAACCCACUGUCUGUCUGCGGAUUUGCCUGUUCUGGAUGUUUCCCAUCAGUGGAAUCACACCCUGUGUGUCCUUCUGUGUCUGGCUUCUCUCACUGAGCAUCGUGUUCUCAGGGUCUGUCCACCUGGUAGCGAGUGUCAGUGCUUCACCCCUUUUCAUGGCCAAGUAAUAUUUUAUCAUAAGGAUGGACCACGUCUUGUUUAUUCAUUCACCUGGUGAUGGGCAUUUGGGUGUUUACACAUUUUGGCUGUGGUAAGUCAUGCUUCUGUGAACACCUGUGUACACCUUUUAUGGACACAUGUUUUUGGUUCUUUGGGGUGUGUACCUAGGAGUAGAAUUAAUUGCUGGGUCAUUUGGUAACUGUUUACUUUUGGAGGAAUUCCCAGAUUUCUCCAUAGUGGCUGUUUGCCUUUUUAAGACAAAGUUUCGGAGGCUGGUCCCUUGUGCAGUGGCUGUGGUGUCAGCACCUGGCUGCGGGGUGUGGCACCAGGGCUGUGUGUGGGCCUGGGUCACCUGGGCCCCGUGUCCUGGGCUGUGAUCAGCACUGCUGGUGGCCGGCCGUCCCAGGCUCCUCACGGUGCCCGUGGGUGCGUGCCGUUCCCGCCGCCGGCCCUAGGCCCUCCCUGCCUGUCUCCGCAGGGACGCUUGGACUCCAGCGCAGCCACACACCUGGCCCGCCUUGACCCCCGCCCCAGCCCGCGGAGGCCUUCUGUUACCUGGUGCCCCAUGCCCCCGGGGCUGGCUCUGACCCUCCACCGCCCUGUCUGGCCGCAGGGCCCUAAUCCUGCUCGUCUCCUCUGCAGGCCUCCUCGCUAGAGAGGCGGAGCCCUGGCCUGGCCUCUUGCCUCUCUCACAGCCUGUGCCCUGGGGAGCCCAGCUUGCAGACCACAGCAGUGGUGUCCAUGGGGUCCGCAGACCAUCAGUUCCACCUGGCGGAGAUCCUGUCUCGGAACUACGGUGUCCAGGAGGAGCAUGAAGGGGCUGCGCGGGGCCCAGAGAAGCCGGAGGAGGAGCUAGAGAAGGACUUCGUCUCCCAGAGCAGCGACAUGCCCCUUGACGAGCUGCUGGCCCUCUACGGCUACGAGCCCUCGGACCCCAUUUCGGAGCGCCAGAGUGAGGGCAGCGAUGCCACAACCAACCUCCCGGACAUGACCCUGGACAAGGAACAAAUAGCGAAGGAUUUGCUUUCAGGGGAAGAAGAGGAAGAAACACAGUCCUCAGCCGAUGACCUCACCCCAUCUGUGACCUCCCAUGAGGCCUCUGACCUUUUCCCUAAUCAGAGUGGACCCCGCUUCCUGCCUGAUGCAGACAAGGAGCCUGGCUCCUCCAGCUCGUCGGACACCGAGGAGGACCCGCUUCCCGCCAACAAGUGUAAGAAGGAGAUCAUGGUUGGGCCUCAGUUCCAAGCCGACCUCAGCAAGCUGCACUCGAACCGUCAGGGUGAGAAGCUCUAUGAGAAUGAAGACCAGCUGCUCUGGGACCCCAGCAUCCUUCCUGAGGGGGCGGUGGAGGAGUUCCUGUACCGGGCGGCGAAGCGGCGGUGGCGCGAGGUGGCUGAGUCUCAGCUCCCGGAGGGAGAGGCGGUGAAAGACAGCGAGCAGGUGGGCGGCCCUGGGGGCGGAGGAGCCAUGGGGCGGGGGCCAGUGUGGUUGUGUGAUUGUGACGAAUUCAAGGGCGACCGCUUGUCCUGGGCAAUGGUGGCCCCCCUCCCCCAGGCACUGUAUGAGCUGGUGAAAUGCAACUUCAACGCCGAGGAGGCCCUGCGGAGGCUGCGGUUCAACGUGAAGGUGAUCCGAGACGGGCUGUGCGCCUGGAGCGAGGAGGAGCGCCGCAACUUCGAGCACGGCUUCCGUGUGCAUGGCAAGAACUUCCACCUGAUCCAGGCCAACAAGGUGCGCACACGGUCUGUGGGCGAGUGCGUGGAGUAUUACUACCUGUGGAAGAAGUCUGAGCGCUACGACUACUUCUCCCAGCAGACGCGGCUGGGCCGCCGGAAGUACGGCCCGUCGGGAACCACGGACGCGGACCAGGACCUGGAUGGUGGUGACCCCGAUGGCCCUGGCCGCCCCCGCUCCUCGCCGCCCCUGCCUCUGCCUGCCACUGCCGACGGCCCGGGCCCUGAGCGGGACCCCCUGGCCCGGAUGCGCACCGAGCCCCUGAGCAUGGGCAGCAGCACGUCUGGGAGUCUCGGCGCGCCCGGGGAGGCCUCCGACAGCCCCCUGUCCUCGGAGCCAGGGCCCUGUUCGUUCCAGCCACCGGAUGUAGACACGCCCCCGGCCGUGCCCCUGCCUCGGCGGCCCCCAGCCCUGGCUGAGCCAGCCUUCUACUCCCCCGCCACGGCCGCUUCAGAGCCUGGUGCCAGCCCGAGGCUGGCUGUGGACUUGGCCCUGCCCGGGGCCCUCCCCGAGGAGCUGCCCCUCAUCUCCAGCCACGUGGAUAUGGACGGAGAGCCCGAGGAGGCCGUGGCCCCCGCACAGGUGGCUUUGUCGGUUGCCGAGUUUGGACUCAUCGGCAUCGGGGACGUGAAUCCCUUCCUGGCCGCCCACCCCGCGUGCCCGGCCCCUGCGCUGCACUCGGAGCCCCUGUCACACUGUAACGUGAUGACCUGUUGAUCCCUGGCCACAGGCGGGCGUUUGUGGCCCAGAUUGGACUUGGGGCCGCUGUGAGGCCUGCCUGUCAGUCUUCCUGACCCUCCCCUCCUCGCGGGCCUCCGGUAGCUCCUCUGCUCAGAGCACGUCAAGGACCGGGCUGAGCGGUGGCCCCUCCCCACGCCACACACGCACCAGCACUGCUGCCUGGCUCCAGCCUCUGCGCCCACCACGGGACCCAUUGGGUGGCGGGGCGCGGAGGGCUGGCCCAUCCAGCCAGCAGAGGCGAGGAAGGCGGCCGGGCCCCGCCAGGGACGUGGGGAGGUGGGGCCGGACGCCGCCCCUACCAGCAGCAGCCUCCGCCGGCACCCUCGGCACUCUGCUCGCCUGUCUCCCUGCGCCUGGCCGGACUUCGGGCUGCCCCCGCCCAGGGCUCAGGGGGCAGCUGCUACUCGGUGCCAAACCCUGUGGGGCACAGAGCCAUAUACCUCGAUGUCGGCCCGCCCCGCCCUGACGUCCACCCGCUCUCUCCACUUCAGGAAAAGCCGCACUUUAUGCCCCCACCCCACCCCCACCUCCACCCCGGGGCCCCCGGCAGCCUCGGGCGUGGGUCUGAGGACGCAGAACUCACAGCCCCUUGGUACCGAGGCCUGUCGCCUGCCGCACUGAGGGGCCCGGCUCCAGCCCGUUUCCCUGACCCCCUAGGUCGUGUUUCUGUUGAGGCUUCCUAGCAAGGUGGCUUGGGGGCCUGGGCCUUCUCCUCUCCAGCCUCCUUGUUUUAUUUAUGUUUCUGUUUACAAAUCGGAGUGGGGUCCUCCAGGGGCAGGGCAGCGCUCCCGGCCCCGGUGUCACCAAGGGGGGCUUUGGCUCGAGCCCGUCCGCAGGGCUGGACUCGACCUUCCCUCGGCCCACCAAGGACCACACUGUGAAGUGACAACUGCCUUGAUCCCCUUGCUGUUUUAUUUAUUAAACUUGAUUUGAAGCCCCG